AUGAGACCUCUACAGAAAGCUGCGGCAUCGAGAAACUACUACCGGCUCAUUCUUGAAAGCGAAUCCUCCAGGAGAAGACCGUUCGUCUGUGCCGAUUGCCGAAGGUUACUACAAGAAGAACGUAGAGCACUUUCUGAGCGUCCCUAUGCAAUCUUAGGUGAUCGAAGAUUUGCAACUGAUGGACAUGCAUCUGGUCAGCAUCUCGGUUCCCGCAGAUCGAAAGAGUAUCAUACCUCCUCCAAAGAUGCCGUCGCUCUCGAGAACCAUUCCAACGCUGCGUCUGACAAUGCCUUCUUCAUUGUGGAUAAACCAUCCCACGUCUCGCCAAAUCAGCAUAAAGAGGCCGUCCCAUCCAUCAGACAACGACUAAGGCAGUGGCGAAAGGACAAUGACACUUCAGCAACCAGUACAGGAUCUGCAGAUCCAGAAUACUCGAAACCUCCGGGGGAUUUGUCUACCCAGAUCCAUAUCCCAGCCCCAAAUUCACUUGUUACAGGAGAGAGCCAAGAUGAUGUAGCUGGGGCAGAUUUUAUAGAUCAUGAUCCUGAUCCUCUUAGAGAAUAUCGGGAUGACUGGGCCGCAGCACUCGCGCGCCUGAAUCCAGGAGACCUUUUGGAUCUUCCUGUGCCCGGAUCAGCCGGUAUAUCUGAAUCUUUGUGCAUUUUUGUCCGGUCGGUUGAAAUACAGGCUCAAUUCAUCACGUCCAAAGGAUAUUGGUACGUCGCUACCAAUUUCAGCUUGAACAGCGGGAAGAUAGUAAACUUUGCAUCUUCGGAUGAUCUCGCACCUAUCAUACCUUAUCUCCCCGAUACAGCGCUUCAACAAGACCACACGCAAGCCAUCUCAGACUACGCUGCUUCUGUCGGAGACAUGCCAAUAGACAUAGCUGCACCGAUCGUCAGCAAACUUGCCCAGGUCGAGCAAGAGAUCGAUGCUUUCCAACGUAGGUACGCUUCUGCUUUCGAUGGGAUGCACGAAAUGCUUGCACACGAUACAGACUUGGUGGAAUGGGAUGUGGAGGAUGUGGUGCCACGGGUGUUUGGUAUCCCAUAUAGUGAGCUGACAACUGCUGGUCGGCUUGCGCUGGACAGAUUUGCGGCGCGAGCAAAUCAUGAUAUAUUUAGAUCCGAAUAUGCUGCAGAAACGCUGGGGGUUUGGGUCCGAUCAAGAAGAGACGUGCAGAUGCGGAAAAAGGUGGUCGAUUGGGCAAGAAUGUAUCAGGAAUCGGCUGCAAAGGCAGCACUUGGCAAAGACGUCAAGGAAGACCUGCGCAACAAUCCACUGAGCGCUUUCAUUAACAAGGCGCAUCGGCUUAUUUUGAAGAGUCGAAAGAUUCGCUCGCCUACUACUAUUGGUCUGCUAGGGCCCAGUGCCGAAAGCGGCGCCGGGGUGACUAUAACUCCAGUUGAGACUGGGGAGACUCUUACCAAGAAUGACAGGCUUAUUAUGCGUUUCAUCUUCGAAACCUCGCAGAUGCUGCCACCUCUGGUGCCAGCCGAAGCUAAAUCAAUCUGUUCACUCAUAUAUCGUGCCAUUGGUGCCUAUCCGAAUUUGACUCUGGGAAGGAAGGUAGCGCGCUUACUCCUCCAGGAGCUUGGGGUUAUCUCCCCGUGGUCAAAUCGUGCAGUGAACAAUUACCAACUCCGCCUACCAGGACUAGGCAUCUGGCCUUACCAAGACAGACUUAAGGCCAAGGCUGAAGCAUCGUGUAAGGAUCUGAGUGUUUUCCAGGAUUCCGUCCAACAUGCGCGAAAGGAUUGGGGCCAGAUGUCUGUCUAUUGUAUUGACAGCCAGAGUGCCCAGGACUUGGACGAUGGCAUCUCCAUUGAAUCAGCUAGGAACAUGCCUGAUUGCGCCUGGAUUCAUAUUCACAUUGCUAAUCCAGCAGCUUAUAUAUCGCCAAACCAUCCUAUCGCUACUAUGGCGAAGGACGCUUUACACACUACCUAUACGCCUAGUAGAAAAUACGGUAUGAUGCCGUCAAAUUUUGCACAGGAACUAGCCAGCUUGGGAGCGGCGAAUGAUCGACCAGUCAUGACGAUUAGCACGCUACUCCGUGCUGACGGGUCCAUCGCAGACAUCGAGAUGUCUCUAGGUAUUGUUCACAAUGUUAUUAGGCUGACGCCGAGCGCUGUGCAAAAUGUCCUAGAGGAAAAAAGAACAGAGCUGGCAACCAUGGUGAUUGGCGGGGCAAGACCAGCUCAAGAGGAGGAUGAAAUGGACUUGCAAAAACUCAAGCAGGCUCUUCCAGAUUUACUCCGAAUCCGCCAAUUCUUGCAUGCACGUUACUACAAACGUCAGAGCGACUGGCCAGCAGAGGAGAAAUUGAAAAGGAAGGAGAUAGCGGUACGCAGUGAUGUCUGGACAAGUCUUAGGGAGGAGGCUCUUCCAAUACUGAAUCACAAGAUCAGACACUGGAAGGGAGAUCCCAUCAUUGCAAUUGAAGCGGAUAGGUUUCCACGCACUGAAGAGAACUUCGAUUUCAUGCUUCUUGUCGAUCAUGCUAUGUUAUUGGCUGGUGAAUCUGCCGCCAAAUGGUGCAAGGACAGGGAGAUUCCUAUUAUCCACCUUGCUGCGACACCACAUCCCCUGUUCCCUGUCUCAAAACUGAAUCAGCUGUCAGAGUCUGAUUACAGGCUGGAGCCGAAGGGAAGAACCUCUGUGACACCGCAGCCUCAUUGGCCACUCAACAUGUGGCACUACACCAGGGUCACCAGCCCCAUUCGUCGAUAUCCUGAUCUUGUGAACCAAUGGCAGAUACAAGCAUAUCUGCAAGCCAUCAACCACAAGUUCCAAGAUCCCGAAAGUGCGGAUCCAUUGAGGGAUCUGCCGUUUACGAGGCAAGAGUUGGAGGAUAUGAUUGGAAAGAUGCGCGCCAGACUGCCCAUGCUAAAGCAUGCUGCCCGACAAUGUGAUCUUCACUUCCUACACCAAGCUUUCUUUCGCGCGUUCCAUUUCAAGGAAGCCGAACUACCAGAGGUGUGGGACUUCAAAGUUAUGGGGGCCAUCGCGCAAAACGCGAGGAACAAUUUAAGCACUGGUAUCACGGGCUAUCUUCACCCCUUCCAAGCGCGGGCAGAGCUUCUUCUCUCGGAGGAAAAGUGGGAGACGUCUGUCGCAAGAGGACAAUACUUGCCGGUUAAGAUCGAAGUCGUGGAUGCUGAAGUAGACAAGGUUUUCGUCAGAGCGGUAGGACCUCCGAGUGACUCGCAAACAACCACACAGCCAAUCCAUAUACAGUCGUCAAAGACAUCCAUCUCGCCUGGUAAGCAUAGCCCACAGCAGCAGCAACGCUGA